AUGGUGGUCUCCUCCGUCCUCCCAGCCGAUCCCACGCUUCCCGCUAGCGCCGCCGCCUACACCGAUGACCUCAAGUUCGUUAGCGCGUACCUCACCGUACACAUGCAGAGUGACGCGAGUCGCGUCUAUUCCUAUAUUCUGUGGAUCGCGCUAGGUGUCGUCCUCAUUGUAUGCUCCAUUCUUCAUCAUCUGCACCUCGGCGGUGGCUAUCUGGGCGCGCGCUGGAGCAAGUGGGCGUUGCGACGACGGACAUGGAGGAAGAAGCACUCUCUCGCCGUCGCGAAAGCAAACGGCCAACCGCACAAGCAGCCCUUCUCGCUCCCCUCCAACUCACAGAUAUGCACCCUUAUUGUCAUCGUGAUCAGCUCCCUUCUGCUCUCCUUCCUUGGACCAGACUACAUCGCGCCCGGCUACACGCUGUGGACCCUGCAAGACGCCCCUUACGCCACCACCUCGAUCACUAAGCGCGGUUACGACUUGUCUCAAUGGUACCAGUACCAGCCCCGAUAUACCAUCCCCAAAGCCUGGUGGACUGCCGGUAACCGCACCGGUCUCAUCGCGUUCGCCCUAUUCCCUCUCUGUGUCCUCUUCGCUCUCAAGGCUCCGCCCUUCGCCAUCUUCUCCAUCCCAUUCCUUGUCCAAUUCUACUGUGAUAAGCUGUUGUGGCUCCACAAGUGGGUCGGGCGUCUCGUCUACCUCUUCGUGGUCCUGCACGUCGCCCUCUGGAGCGUACAGCUCUUGAAGGAUAAACACGACGGCAAGGUCGCGUAUGUCUACGCGUGGACCUACGAGAAGUUUUUAUUUGCUUGGACGUCGUUUGGGUGCUUCACGCUCCUCAUGAUAUUUUCUCUGAAGCCCUUCCGGACGAAGCAUUACGAAUCUUUCUGGUUCCUUCAUGUCCUUCUCGCCCCUCUCACGAUCGUCAUGGCCGCCCUUCACCACCCUCCUGUCUGGUGGUGGUGUUGGGCCGCCAUUGGACUCUGGAUUGGAGAGCGUACUUGGCGCUUUACGCGGUGGAUGUACACCAAUGGCAUCCUCGGCCGCCGAGUCCAGGCCCCGUCAAGUAAGAUGCGAAGAGGCCAAUCUCUCAAUCACGGGCCCUCUGCGUUCCAGUAUCCUCCAUCUAAGAUGGCAGCGAACUCUACUACUGCGCUUGCCCACUAUCCCCCAAUCACGCCCACCGCCUUACUCCCUGGAGUUGGUCUGUCAGUCCCAACAGAUUACAUUCCUCCCCCUGGAUACGCACAUGCGGAGCUCCUUCCUGGACACACCGUUCGUCUACGCGUCGUCACCCCCGGAUAUAUCACCUGGGCGCCCGGGCAACAUUUCCUCAUCUCCAUCCCUUCGAUCACUCGGUUCACGACACACCCUUUCACGGCUGCUUCCAUUUGCGAUGAGCAGAACGCGUACGACGACGGUCGCGUUCUCAUCUUCCUCAUCCGCGCCAAAAACGGCUGGACAAGGGAUCUCUGGGAUUCCAUCGUGUCGAUGGUCAGUCGCGGUCAGCGGUUUCACAAGCCUGAGGCGCCACCACCAUGUGAGAUGCCCACGCGUGGCGUCCUUCUGCGGACCUUGGUCGACGGUCCCUACGGGUCUUCGGUACGGGCGUCAUGGCAUAUGUACUCCUCCGUCCUGAUCGUGGCCGGAGGGUCUGGCGUUAGCUACGCGCUGUCAGUUCUCCAGUACCUGUGCCUCUGCAUGGCUGGAAGAGAUGGUCAAUUCCUUGGAGGACACAAAGGCGGUCACGGUCACAUCCAGUGGUGUGCCGCAGUACUUCGGCGAUGCUUGGAUAUUCUUCCGUCCCCUGAGCUUCAGAUUGACAUCUUUGUCACGAACGUCAGGCCGUCGGCCGGCCCCAAACAACCGAAGUCGACUGGACUUGCUGACAAAGAAGAAGACCACUCGCUCCCCCAUUCACCCCUCACCCCAGACUCUCGACGGUCUUCACAGACCUUUACUGAGGAAGGCGGGGAUUACAUCGAUGUUGUGGACUUGAGCUACUACACUAGUGUCAUCCAAGAAGACGGCGAGUUGGGACACGAAGAGCACAUCCUCGACUACACUAACUUUGAAGGCGAUAACGACAGCGCGCUCCCUGGAGAAGAUCAGUUCAACAUCUCCGUCAAAAAGGAAGGGAAAACUCGUCGUGCCACGACCCAGAGAGCGUCGAUGGUCUUCUUGGCUAAGCAAGAGCUCAUACGUAAGACCGAAUCGGACUACGACAGGAUCGACAUCAGUACAGUGCGGCCAAGUUUUGACCUCGAGCCUCGCGAAACCCGCCCAGACAGCAUGCUCAGCACAGGCACGAGCAACAGCAUGCAGAGUUCAAGUACCCUCACCGCGACCGCAAAUAGGAUCCAGUUCCAAUCCCCUCCAAACAGCGCUGUCCCUCUCAUUCGCCCUCAAAGCUUCGCUCAUACCCCACUCACUUCGCACUCGCACAACUUCUCCGCCACUUCUGACUUCUCGCUCGGCCACAACAUGUGGCCCUCGCAAAGCUCGCUCGGGCAUGAGCUGCGCCCUGGCGCGAUAACCCCCAUUUCCCCGGGUACCCCAGGCUCUCUCCGUUCAAUGUCACGUCUGAGCACCUGGACGGACACGGACAGUUUCGCUGCACUUGUGCCGGGAGGAGACGUUGCGACCAUCCGCGAACAGCUCCGGCUGGACUUGGACGAGCUCGAAGUGGAGGACGUAGGAAUCCUAGAACGCAUCCUUGCCGACGAGAUAGAGCGAGCGCGGGGCGCCAUCGCUGUUGCUUGUUGUGGCCCGACGUCGCUCGACGCGUUCGUCAGGAAAACGGUGGCUGCACAGAUCGAUCCGGCGCGCGUGAAGCGUGGCGACAUGCGCGGCUCGAUCACGCUCUUCUCCGAGGAGUUCUCGUACUGA